UUACAUUCGACGACACAUCGUCGCACAAAGUGACGUCACUGAGUUCUGAGCAGUUCUGAGUGGCGAAUCUCAAAGAAUAAUCGUCGGUUCGAACGUGGUUCGAACCUUUCGAACAAUGGCCGAUGCGGUUGUUACCAGUGGCCAGGCUAGACGGCUAGACUCACGGAUUUAGAGCGUGAGGCUAGCCAAAAAGAGAAGAAGAAGAAAAAGAAGUCGAAUUCCGAAAUACUGUAAGCAACACGUGUAUCAUUCUUUUAAUUGUACACAAAAAUAAUGCUGGCUCGAUUCGUACUGCAAUAAGAUAAAAAUGGGAUCAAACUGUAUAAAAUGGACAAUGCUCGAGCUAAAGGGCUUAUUGGAGGACGAAGAUGCUCGUGUAACUUUUCAACGAUCGAAAAAACACCUCUCUCUUCAUCCAUUCCAACUGAAUGAUUUGAACCGAGCACUCCGCGAAAACUUGACUUCCAAAGUUAAUUUUUACGAUCAUGACUUACAAGGUCUGGUGUUGGCAUACAGACAUAAUAAACUCCUAGACUCGUUAGCAGGCAUUCUUCACGACUCGCAUUUUAUCCAUGUAAACAUUGAGGCAGAUUUUUAUGUUUUCAAGCCUGAAAUUGGCUGUACUCUCAAAGGAAUCGCAAACAAAAAGGCUGGAAAUCACUUGGGUGUUUUAGUCCACAAAGCCUUCAAUGUUUCCAUUGUGAAGGAUGACGAUUGCCAAGAAUGGCUCGGAGAUUACGUUUAUGUCGGCCAACAAGUGAAAUUCACAGUGACUCAUUUGGACUUUAAAGGAAGAUUGCCGUUUAUCCGAGGCGAACUGAUCGCUGACGAGACCAUGGGCCAAGUUUAUUAUGAUACGAUAAGCAACAAGAAUACCGGUAACGAGCGAGUGGUUGAGGAGGAAUAUCCGUUGAAGGAACGAAAGAAAAUAUCAAAAAAGUCUUGUGCAGUUUUGACCAACGGGGACGAUGAGAUCGAUUCGUUAUUACGGAACAAUGAAUUGAGUACUGCGCGUAAGAAAAAUGAAAAGAAUAAGUUAAUUGUCGAAGAAAAACCGUGUACCAGUGAGAGCAAGAUCAAAAGAAAAGAUUCGAUGGAGAAAAAAUCGAAAGAACAUAAAAAGACUGUUGUAGAUUCAGAAAGUUCGAGCGAAGAUGUCGACGAAAAGCCGAAUCCAAAAAAAAUAGCCAUCAAUAGAACGAACGGUAGGAAUUCAGUGUCAGACUCGGAAGAUUCGAGCGACCAUGAAAAAAUAAAAAAAUCAAUUUUGAAUACGAUAGUACAAACAAAUGCACAAACCCGUAGUAAAAAUAGGACUGUUGAUUCGGAAAGUUCAGACGACGAUCGAAGCGCAACAAAUCGUGGCUUCGAUAUGAAUAAAUCGCCGAAUUCUCCCGGCAAAAGAAAAACAUAUUCCAGCAGCGUUUUGCGAAAUAAAUCUUCUAGCAUCGAUUCGGACACCAGCACCGACGAAAAACCACGAAAACCAACAGUGUCGAACAAAGCUAGGGUUACGAACGAAACUCUGGCGUCACCGACAAAACGAUCGAAAACAAAUCUAAUGGAAGGGUCUAUGAGCGAAAUAGACGUGAAGCCAGGACCCAAAGUGAAGGGGAGAAAGAAGGAGGAUGAAGAAAAGACGAAUGUGGAGGUGGAUGUAAGAAGAAAAAGUGCUGCAAACUCCAACGCGCAUCGAAACGAGGGAAUCAAAAUGAAGAGCGAGAAGGAGGAGAAAGCGGAGGAAGAAGAUGAGAGAAAACAGAAAAAAUCCAAAGUGCAGGUGAUGGACGGAAGAAAGUUAAAGAAGGAGGAGGAAGAAGAUGAGAAGAAACAGAAAAAAUCCAAAGUGCAGGCGGCUGACGGGAAAAAAUUAAAGAACGAAGAAGAAGAAGAAGAGAGGAAGAAGAAAAAAUCCAAAAGACGAGAAACUGAAAACGGUGAAGAACAUCGGGAAGAAGAAAGCAAGAAAACGAAGAGCAAGCAAAUGUACAAAAUCGAAGAAGAGGUCGCGAGAGAAACUACAACAAGUACUAGCGAGUUCGAGUUUGUAAAACCCGACCUGGACACAUUCGAAACUCCGAUAACGAAGAGUAAGCGGAAAAGGCGAAAAACAAUAACGGAAGAAGAGAAGAAGGAGGAGGAGGAGGAGGAGGAGGAGGGGAAGACAAAUACUGUGCAAACGAUUGAGUAUUCCGAAGAGUUUUUCCGUGAUGUGAGAGUGAAAAUCGAACCAGAUCCAUCGGAUAUCGAAGAUUUUAGGCCGAAUAAGAAAGAGAAAAAACGAAAAAGAAAGAUGUCCGGGGAAGAGAAUUUUGUAGUAAAAAGUGAUGAUAUUUACGAAAAUAUUGAAAUAAAACAGGAACUCAUGUCGGACGUGGAAGACCUUAAAUCGAGUAGAAAAAAAUCUAAAAAGAAAAGCCAUGAGCAGAGUUCGGGGGAGACUGUGCCACAAGUAAAAACGGAACGAGAUGUGUCGGAAGUAAAUAGUCCAACGAAGAAAAGGAUUAAACGGGAACCGGUAGAUUCUCCCGAAUAACGGGAUAAAAUUACGACGAAAACGUGAUUAAAUAAUCACAGAGUCUAUCUAUAAAAAUAUAUUUGUACAGGCGUACAUAUAUAUUUGUAUAUACGGAAAUAUUUCGUGAGAGAUUAAAUACGAAAAAUGAAAUGAACCAAUAAAACAUUUUUGUUUUAUACCGAGACGUUGAUUAUAUAUUACAUAAUAAAAUAUUCUUAUUCUGUUUA